CCGCAAAUCCCCAGCACCACGCAGUUUGGGUUGGGGUGGGAGAGAUGCUGGCUCUUCAAGGGUUAAAAGCAGCGAUUAUAUUAUGAGAGAGGACUUCCUGGGGGAGGGGGGAAGCGUCACUUCCUCCUCCGUUCGUCACAUCCUCCUGCAUUUGAACAACUGCGAGCCAGGAGAUUUGCUAGCACGGAAGACUGUGCCUUUUGCAAGAUCUAGCGAGGAUGGAAAGCGGAAGAUGGACGGUUGACCUGGUCAGGCUGUCUCCCACCACCUCUGACAGUUCUCUCCCAGGACCCUCAGAGAGAUCUGCGAGGAUGGAAGGAGGAAGAUGGACAGUUGACCUGGUCAGGCUGUCUCCCACCACCUCUGACCGUUCCCCUCCAGGACCCUCAGAGAGAUCUGCAGGUGAUGACCAGGGCAAUAAUGGUUCUCGGGGCUCAUCAGAAAGAAAUAAGCAUGAAGCGAAGAGAACAAAUGAUAGCCCUUCGUGUGGCAAAACGUUCAAAGGUAAAUCGAGCCUCAGCCCACACUGCAGAAUCCACUCAGAGGAAACACUGUGUAAAUGCUUGGUGUGUGGAAAGAGCUUCAGUGACAGCUCAGGCCUAAAAUCACAUCAAAGAAUUCACACAGGACAGGAAUCAUACCAAUGCCUAGAAUGUGGAAAGAGUUUCAAGCGCCACUCAAACCUUAAAAUACACCAGGAAGUCCACAGCAGGGAAAAAUCACAUAGGUGCUUUGAGUGUGGAAAGAGCUUCAGUCGCAGCAGAUGCCUUAAAUCACAUCAAAAACUUCACACAGGGGAGAAACCGUAUACCUGUUUUGAGUGUGGAAAAAGCUUCACUUGCAGCUCAGGCCUUGUAUCUCAUCAAAAAAUUCAUACAGGGGAGAAACUGUAUACCUGUUUUGAGUGUGGAAAGAGCUUCUCUCAUAGCCAAGGUCUUCUUGUUCAUCAAAAAAUCCACACAGGAGAGAAGCCGUAUAAAUGUUUGGAGUGCGGAAUGAGCUUCGGUUAUAACUCAAGCCUUACAUCGCAUCAAAGAAUUCACACUGGGGAGAAAUCUUAUAAAUGUUCAGAGUGCGGAAGGAGCUUUGCUCACAGUGCUAGCCUUACUUCACAUAAGAGAACCCACACAGGGGAGAAACCAUAUAAAUGCUUGGAAUGUGGAAAGAACUUCAGUCAGAGUUCACACCUUAGUUCACAUAAGAGAACUCACACUGGUGAGAAGCCGUAUAAAUGCUUUGAGUGUGGGAAGAGCUUCAGUCAGAGUUCACACCUUACUGUGCAUGAGCGAAUCCAUACAGGGGAAAAACCAUAUAAAUGUGUGACAUGUGGAAAGAGCUUUAGUACCUGCACAUACCUUGUUUGCCAUCGCAGAAUCCAUACAGGAGAGAAGCCAUAUAAGUGCUUUGAGUGUGGAAAGAGCUUCAGCCAGGGUAUAAGCCUUCAUAUACAUAAAAAAAUUCACAGAGGUGAAAAACUGUAUGCAUGUUUUGAGUGUGGAAAGAGCUUCACUCAAAGCUCAAGCCUUGAAUGUCAUCAAAGAAUUCACACAGGGGUGAAACCAUAUACCUGUUUUGAGUGUGGAAAGAACUUCAGUCACAGCACAAGCCUUACAUAUCAUCAAAGAAUUCACACAGGGGAGAAACCAUAUAAAUGUUUGGACUGUGGAAAGAGAUUUGCACAUGGAUCUGGCCUUACUUCUCAUAAAAGAACUCACACAGGGGAGAAACCAUAUAAAUGUUUGGAGUGUGGAAAGAGAUUUGCACAUGGAUCUACGCUUACUUCUCAUAAAAGAACUCACAUGGGAUAAACCAUAUAUAUGCUUGGAGUGUGGGAAAAGAUUUGGUCAGAUUUCAGAACUCAUUUUGCAUAAGCGAAUCAAGAGGAAAGAAAUAUUGAGAUGCUUGUAAUGCGGAAAGCAUUUUAAUUAGAGCACCGCUGUUGCUAAACUUCAUGGAAUUCAUACAAUAAUUCUCAUGGGAGAAAUGGUACAGCUGCUGUCACGAAGGUGCCGUCAACUACAGGGCUGGCUGGCUGCCUGGUGAAAUCAGUGGUGCUGUGAGCUUCUUUUGCUUCUUUCAUUUAAAUCAACAAAAACACACAGAAACAUGGAAUGUAUGUCCUCAAAAACCUGAGCUGUUGCCUAGAGUGAGUGUUCCUGCCCCCAGCAGUUACUUCCUGGCCUUGAGUCCCUUCCUGUUGUCUACGGGGGCCGCUAAUGGAAAAUCUCUGUCUCUCUUUGGCUUUCUGCUCUGUGAGAUGAAGGGCACGCCUGGUUGUAGGGGAAGGAGGGGACUCCAGUAUACUAGAGACAUCGUGUCGCUUGGCUGCUGUGAUAUUUCUAACGCAACAGGCUCCUGUCUCUGUUCAGGGCUGGAGCACCUGCUAUCUUGCUCCUAUUGAUCCACUAUUUCCCAGCUCCUUCCUUCUUCUGCGGUGUGUCCCAUCUCAAACCACCGCAAUUCUAGGUCCAUACUCCCUUCCUCUUCCCCUUCUCUGAAGCCUAUUGGAGUGGCAGUCUCCACCACUCUUGCUCAUCUCAUCUUUGAAAACAGACCAAAGGAUGGCCUAAUAUGGUCACACUCUUGUCUAAGGAAGCAUGUUGUGUGGAAAGGCAGGGAAAAAAGGCCUGAGCAUCAUGUACUGCUUCUGAACUACUGCAGGUUUCUGGAUGGUGCUCUUGGGUACAAGAUGGUGCCAUCCAUGGACCUUGGGUCAGAUCCUGCAAAACAGUUAUUGAAAGCGGACCAGGAUUCAUUGCUUUUGUUUUGUAGCAGUUGGGUAAUUUGAUUGUAGCUGGUAAUGAGGCAUUUCCCUUCUUUCCUCCAGGUGUGUCCCACCUUUUCCUUGUAACUUCUAGAUGAAUUAAAGCAUUAUAUUUGAGCAUUA